GGAGGAGGAAGGGAGGAGAAGCAGGAGGAGGAAGGACAAGCACCUCGACUAUCGCGUCCUCACCGAAUAAGCGUCUUCGUCAUCUGCAGCUGCUUACAUUUGUUGUGUCCCACGCAGGAUGUGUACUCCAUGUUGUUUCUCGCAGCUGGCCUGCUGCUGUGGCUCAGCGGCAUGCUCAUGCUGCUGCAACUUCUGCCCUAAAAUCAAACAGUCCACGGGGACCCGAUUCAUGUACACCCUCUAUUUCCUGCUGGUCACCAUCGUCUGUGUCAUCAUGAUGUCCCCUACAGUAGAAGAUGCGAUUAAAGAGAAUAUCUCCUUCUACAGUGAGUUGUGCGAGAAGAUGAAUGCAGGGACGAACUGCAAGACCCUGGUGGGUUACUCUGCUGUCUACAAGAUGUGCUUCGGCAUGGCCUGUUUCUUCUUCAUCUUCUCCAUCUUCACCAUAGGCGUCACAAACAGCACUGGCUGGAGGGCGGCCAUACAUAACGGGUUCUGGUUGCCAAAAUUCAUUGUGCUCGGAGCCUGCUGUGCUGCGGGUUUCUUCAUUCCACAAGAGGAAACUUUUCUUGAAGUAUGGCGCUAUGUCGGAGCUGUUGGCGGAUUUUUCUUCCUGCUGAUCCAGCUCAUGUUGUUGGUGGAGUUUGCCCACAGAUGGAACACGAACUGGAGCUCAGGAGUGAAGUAUAACCGCUUGUGGUAUGCAGCACUGGCCUUGGUCACUCUCGUGCUGUUCAGUGUUGCUGUGGGAGCCGUGAUCUUCAUGGGUCUUUUCUACACCCACUCUGAGGCCUGUCUACUCAACAAGAUCUUCCUGGGCAUCAACAGCAGCCUCUGCCUCAUCGUCUCUCUGCUUGCCAUCUCCCCCUUCAUACAAAAACUCCAGCCCAAAUCUGGUCUGCUCCAGCCUGGAGUCAUCAGUGUGUAUGUCAUGUACCUUACCUUCUCAGCCUUCUCCAGCAAACCAAAAGAAACGGUGGAGAUUGAUGGCGUGAACACGACAGUGUGUGUCUUUCCCUUCACCUCUGGAAAGGAAAGCGACAAGAAGAUCGUCACUGCUCUAGGAGCCGUUAUCCUGUUCGGCUGCAUCCUUUACUCCUGUCUGACCUCCACCACCAAGCGAAGCUCUGCAGCGCUGCGGGUGUGCAGGACCAGUGAGCCAGAGACCGAGAGAGCCCGCUGCUGCUUCUGCUUUGGAGAUGACACAGAAGAUUAUGAAGAGGAGAAGAGCGGUGGAGGCCAGAACGUGCUGUAUGACGAGAGAGAAGCCACCAACUACAGCUACACAUAUUUCCACUUUGUCUUCUUCCUGGGUUCCCUCUAUGUCAUGAUGACCAUAACCAACUGGUUCCACUUUGAUGACCACAAGAUUGAGAAGCUCUUGGACGGAAGCGUGUCCGUUUUCUGGAUCAAGAUCUCCUCCUCCUGGGUGUGUCUGGUCUUCUACAUGAUCACUCUCAUCGCUCCCAUCAUCUGCCCCAAGCGCUUUGAGGCCUAGGACUACCACCACAAGUCAGGUGACUUCCUGUGUUGGGCGUCAGGCCAACAGUAGCUUUGAGGGUGAGCCAAGGGACCAGCACUCUUUCUUUCAUUCUUUCUAUUUUUCUUUCUUCCUUUUUGAACCACCGUUCACAACUACACUCAGCUUUGGAAACAGAGGAACAAUCGUUGCCUUUGAAUACACUAUAUUACACUUCAUAGGUGACUGUUACAAUGACAAUACCUUGUAGGUAUUUUUUUUUUUUUUUUUUUUUUACAAUAACAGUCUCCUGAAAUGUUGUAUUGCUCUCAUGUGGAUCGUGUUACAGAGUGUGAGCUUUACCUUCACUAUUUCCUAAUAUAAAGUAAAAAAAAUGUUCAGUAUUAUACUUUUAGACCACAGUGCAUCUGUAAAGUAUUCACAGCGCUUCUCUUUUUCCACGUUUUGUUAUGUUACAGCUUUAUUUCAAAAUAGAAUAAAUUCAAAAUUCUACACACAAUAUCCCACAGUGACAAUGUGAAAAGUUUAUUUUAUUUUAUUUUUUUAUUUUGCAAAUGUAUUUCACUGGAAAAACUCACAAUCUCAAUACAUCUAAACAAGCCUAAUACAAGUCACAAUCCCCUGAACAGUAUUUUUUUCAGUGAGACAUGAGAACUUGUUUUUUGGCAAUAGAUCUUCUUAGGAAAGAAAUACUACUUUUGAGCGUCACAAGUUUUCAAUCAAUCAAUCAAUGAAAAAUCUAUCAAGAGUGACCUCACCAAGUGGGCAGCAAAACAAAGUUACAUACUGUAAAUACACGUUACAACAACAAAAACAGCAGCAGUCUCACACCACAGUUAAAAAUAUAAAUGUUUGUUAGAAGACACAAAACCUCACAAUAUUAUAGGUAAUAAUAAAUUGUAAUUGCUCAUAUCAAGAUCACUUUUAAAUUUUUAAAGCUUGAAUAUAAUGUUUUAAUUCAAGAAAUCUUACAAAGACAGUUUUGACUUUGGCAGAUUCUUUUGCAAAAAUAACUUGUUCUAAUAUUUUGUACUCGUUUUAGGAGGAGCAGUUUUUUCCAUUGAAUCUAAAAAAAUUUAAAACUAAGAAAUCACAUGUACAUAAGUAUUUACAGUUAUUGUUUAAUACUUUGUUAAUGCACAUUUGGCAGCAAUUGCAGCCUCAAGUCUUUUUUAAUCUGAUCCCACAAGCUUGGCACGCCUAUCUUUACACUGCAAAAAGUCAGUGUUCAAAAACAAGAAAAAAUAAUACAAAAAUGAGGGGUAUUUUAUUUGAAAUAAGCAAAAUUGUCUGCGAAUAGAACAAGAUAAUUUGGCUUGUAGACUUUCCAAAACAAGUCAAAUUAGCUAACCUCAAUGAACCCAAACAUACCUUUAAAUAAGUAUAUUCUCACUAAUAACAAGUGCACUUUUCUUGGUAGAAAAAAAAAAGAGACCUUUUUGCUCAAUAUGUUGAAAAAUAUUCUUAAAUUAGGUAAAUGCUAGUGCCAUUAUCUUGAUAUAAUGAUAUGCGCUCAGCAUAACAUUUCUUGAAACCAGCAAACUUAUACUAAAAACUAUUUUAUUGUUUUUAAUGGAAAGGCAACAAGGCAAUCGCUUGUUGUCUAAAAAUGCAUUUUUCCAUCGAUAACAUGACAUCAUCGCGCCAAGUGCGUGCUCUUUCAGUCAAUUAGUGCGCAUAUAUACAGCCCAACCUUCGGCCAACAUUUUUUUAAUUUUGAGGAAUUUAUCUGAAUGUGCAUGAACUAUUUCUGUUCAAAAUAGUUUGAAAUGUCACAUGUUAAAUGUUUAAAUAUUAUCAGUUUGCUAGACUCUGCCAACUGUACUACUAUAUGAGUACGUAUCUUCUAUUGUUUCAUUGAAAAUAAAACAGCAAAGUCCAUUUGGCUGUCAUCAGUUUUAAUUAUGAGACACAAUUGUGUCAAAGUCAUGAUUUUUUUUUACAUGCUUGAAAUAAGAAAUUAUUACUUGAAAUAAGUAGUUUUAUGGUUGUUGAUGACACAGCUUUGCUACAGUUGAUAUUCUAGUUUCAAGCAUUUUUUACUCAAUAUAGGUCAUAAAAUCUCAGCAACAAGCUGUAAUAUCUUACUGAGAUCAUUUAGCACCAAAACUCUUAAAACAAGUAAAACGCUCUAACAUAAAAUCUGCUUAGUGAGAAGAAUUAUCUUAUCAGACAGAAAAUAAGCAAAUAUCACCCUAUUUGAGAUAUUUUAUCUUACUUAGAUUUCAGUUUUUGCAGUGUGGGCAGUUUCGCCCAUUCCUAGGGAUGAUGUUUGAAACCGGUUCUCCCGAUUGUUCGAUAAGAAAAGAACAGAUUUCAUAGAUUUGAAUCCCUUUUUGAGAACCGGUUAUCGAAGCCACUAUACCGCAUUUUCGCGACCAUAGGGCUCACCGUAUUAAAAAGGCGCGUGUCAGUUACGGGUGCUAUUUCUGUAUUUAACGCAUAAAUACGGUGCAGCGUAUUUUUGGUCGC